UGUGGGGGGCGUUCUCGACUGACAUCCUCAAACAAUACGAGAAAGAGGAGUGCACGAAUCCGCGCACCCUAGGCUGGGCUCCUUCCCUGUAAUAGUGAGCGCCAGCCAUUCUUAAAAAACACAUUUUGUAGCUUAGUGGACUGGACUGGAGGGGCGAGAGGAGGAUAAACUGAGCGGACAAAGAUGUAAAUAAAAACAGUCGUCCCCCAGCUGAGCGAGGCGUUCUUCAUCAGAGUUUUUGGAUCAAUCAGGCAGACAGUGGCUCCUUUUGAUUAAACCCCAAAUUGUCAUUGGGCAGAGGUAAUCAUGUGACAGGCAAUUCGGUCCAAUUUCAACCUUGUCUCCAUGAAUUCAAUAGUUUAAUAGCAGCUCGGUCCCCAUACGGCCGUAAUCAGUGAUAUAGAAAAAAAACACCACCCGGAGAUUUUUUUAAAUGAUUUUUUCUUUUUCGUCCUCACUGAGCCGCAACAUUUAUAAAAAUACGCGUGCAAACUUUCCUCGGCUCUCAGGGAGCGGAGAUGAAUUACGAAUUCGAGCGAGAGAGCGGUUUUAUCAAUAGUCAGCCGUCGCUUGCUGAGUGCCUGACAUCUUUCCCCCCUGUCGCUGAUUCAUUUCAAAGUUCAUCAAUCAAGAGCUCGACGCUUUCACGCCCGACACUGAUUCCUCCUCCCUUUGAGCAGACCAUCCCCAGCCUGAAUCCGGGCAGCCAUCCGCGGCACGGCCGGCCCAGACACAGCCCCGACGGAUGCAGCCCGCUGCCCACCGCCUCCUUACCCCCGGAGUACCCGUGGAUGCGGGAGAAGAAAGCCUCCAAGAGGAACCACCUGCCGACCUCCACCGCUACCACCAUUUCAAAUGGACCUGUGUGUUUUUCUCCAAAAGGCUCGCCUGAGAUUGUGGAGAGCGGUGGAGGUGCCGGAGGAGGAGGAGGGGGCUCCCGUCGGCUGAGGACAGCGUACACCAACACACAGCUGCUGGAGCUGGAGAAGGAGUUCCACUUCAACAAGUAUCUGUGCCGGCCGAGGAGGGUGGAAAUAGCGGCCCUGUUGGAUCUGACAGAGAGGCAGGUCAAAGUCUGGUUCCAAAACCGGCGCAUGAAGCACAAACGGCAGACGCAGAGCAAGGAGAACCACAAUGGAGAGGGGAAAGGGCCGGGCGCAGAGGACGGCAUCCAGAGCGACGAGGAGGACGAGGCCCCCCUGUACGAACGGAGCGGGGCCCUGCUGGAGAGAGAUACCUGCUCCUUUCAGAAUAACUCCCUCGGCUCCACGCAGCAGCUCCACAAUGGCGAGUCCAUGAGCUUUGCUGCUGCGCCGCUGAACAGCAAUGACAAAAAUCUGAAACAUUUUCCCAACCCGUCACCCACUGUUCCGGGCUGCAUGUCAACAAUGGGCCCAGGCUCGGCAUCUGGCCCGGACAAUGGCGACAGUCCCCCGGCCCUGGAUGUUUCUAUACACGAUUUUCAACCUUUCAGCUCGGAUUCCUGCCUACAGCUCUCCGACGCAGCCUCGCCGAGCUUGUCAGAGUCUCUGGACAGCCCCGUGGACAUUUCUACGGACAGUUUCUAUUUUUUCUCGGAGUCUCUAACUACAAUCGACCUGCAACAUCUGAACUAUUAACUGAAAUCAAUCACAAUAGCUUUCUUUUUUCCCCCUCUCUCUCUUGGGACAUUAAAAAUCAGGAUGGUUUUAACUCUGUUAUUUGUAUAUUCGGCACAUUUAUUCUAUUGAUAUUUGACUUGACGAUUAAUACAAGGUAAGGAUGAAAUCAAAUCACUGACAUAGCUCUGCUUAAACGUGGCUUGUAAUUACCAUAACAAAUUGAUCUCUUGGAAUGGAAAUUAUGAGUGUAUGUGAAUAAUUAUACAAUAUUAGGCCUAUGAAAUCUGGUCAUUUUAUUUUUGUAUAGCUUCCAAUGUCUUGGAUAUUUUUGUU